GGCCGGUCGGAGGCAGCCGCCCGCAGGUCCGCACCCCGCGCAUGGGCGCCGUCCCUAAAGAAAGCUGUCCCCCAUCCUUCUGGCAGGGGUGAAGGUACGGCUGGAUGACGGCUGAGGAUGUGCUAUGGAGCCAGGAUUCAACUGCUCCCAGCUCUGCAAUGGCAGCUCCAGUUUUGGCAGCCAGGAGCAGCAUCAGCGGGCGCUGCAGGAGCUCUGCACUGUCACAGUGACAUCUUCUGACCGCAGUGGGAAGAGCUCCCCAUCCUUCUCUGCUGCUCUUCUGGGAGUUGUGUGGACGUUCCUGACUGGAGGAGUCCUGCUGGCACUCUUCUUUCUUGUCUUCACCAUUCGCUUCAGGAAGAACAGGAUCGUGAAGAUGUCCAGCCCCAAUCUGAACAUUGUGACCCUGCUGGGCAGUGGCUUGACUUACACCAGUGCUUACCUCUUUGGGAUUCAGGAGCAGAGCCUGCCGUCCGGAGACUCGGUGGAAAAGCUUAUUCAGGUUCGGCUCUGCCUGCUCUGCGUGGGGACCUCGCUGGUGUUCGGCCCUGUCCUGGGCAAGAGCUGGCGGCUCUACCGGGUGUUCACCCAGCGGGUGCCGGACAAGCGGGUGAUUAUCAAAGACCUCCAGCUGCUGGCGAUGGUGGCAGCGUUGGUGCUGGCGGAUGCUGUGCUGCUCUUGACGUGGGUAUUCUCUGAUCCAGUCCAAUGCUUCCGAAGCCUCAGCGUCUCGCUCCGGGCGACAGAGAAAGGCAUGACCUGCUCAGUGAGCCGGGUGCAGUCCUGCGCAUCUCUUUAUUCCGACCUUUGGCUCGUUCUCAUUUUAGGGGUCAGGCAGGAAACAGCCAAGGGAAGGGAGAAGGAUUGCACCUGGGAGUUUCCUGGAUUUCUAUUUAAAGAGGAACCGAGUACAUCCUCUUCCCUCCAGUCUAAACCUCCGCUUCUUCUGCCUUGCUUUUUCCUCCUGAACGUCCUUCUGAAUCUCCUUCCUGCUCCCUCAGAGAGCAUCCUCCUGCUGUACGGGACCUACUUGGCCGGUCUGACCGACAACGUCAGCUCCCCGCCAGUCAACCAGUCCUUGACGCUCAUCGUUGGGGUCAACCUCGUUUUCCUGGCUGCCAGCACUGUCUGCUUAGUUCACCGCUUCUUCCGUGCUUGGCACAACUUGCUGUUUGGUUUCACCUCUGGAGGCAUCUUCGUGUGUACAACCACGAUCAACUGCUUCAUCUUUGUCCCACAGCUCAGGCAGUGGAAAGCCUUUGAAGAAGAAAGCCAAACCAUGAGCCACAUGGCAAAGUACUUCACCAGCCCCAGCAGGAGCUGCCGCUCGGUGUACAGCGAGGAGCAGCUCUAUCAGCUCAUAGGGGAGAAAAACUCCAUGAGGCGGCUGCUCACCGAGAAAAACGCCGUGAUCGAGAGCCUGCAGGAGCAAGUGAGCAGCGCCAAGGAGAAGCUGAUGAGGCUGAUGUCUGCGGAGAGCGGCUGCGACCCCCGAGCGAUGCCGCCAGCUCCUUGCACCCGGAGCACAGGGCAGUGUGGGGAGGUGCGGGGUGACUGCUGCCCCCCGGAUGUGGAGCAGGACGGGUGGCAGCCUCCCUGCUUGCAGGGUACACCGCCUCUUUGCAGCAAUGCCCAGGACCUCCAGAAGCACACAAGCCAUGGGAGCCACGAGCCUGUUUGCUCUCGGGUGGUGAUUUCUGACAACAGGGAUGAAGUAGAAUGUGGCCUGGAAGAUGUCCAGCAGUGCAGGCCACCCAUAGGACAGGGGCAGCCUUCAGAGCAGCUAUCGGACCAGGACAUCUCGGCUGGGGUGGUCUGGGAGUCGUCCCCCAAAGUCAGCUAUGUGAGCAGUGAGAAGCUGCGGGAAAUCCUGCAAGACCUGAGCCUGGAUGGCAAAACCUACAGCCCAGCAUUACCUGGGGGUCUCCCGCAUGGCGGCCAGGGCCCCCCAGGAGAGCAGGAAGGAAUGUGGAGGGCCCAGGAGGGCUACCUGGGCAGCCAUACACCCUUCAGCCCCUACCUGGCGAGACGGCGGCGGAGGAUCCCACUGUCCCCUGUCUCUGCCCGCUGCCAUGGACACGUGUCCCCUUGUGCCACAUGUGGGGGGAAGGAGGCGAGCAUUUGGGGCUGUGGGGAGUCAGCACGUAUCUCCCUGGGGAGGGAAGGGGAGAUGGCUGGCAGAGGGCUCCUACACCCACCAGCACCGUCUCCUCCAGCCACCUCUGGGGAGCCCUGCCUCCAGCCAGAGGGAUGGUCAGGAGGGCCGGAAUCCCAGGGAUCUUCGUUGUGCAUCCUGCGGGAGCAGCGGCGGCGGCAGGGCACCCUAAGGGGACCCGCUGAGCCCUCCCUGCGCUCCCUGUACUAUUACCCGGACUCGGACUCCAGCAGCAGCAGCUCUGAGGAGCUGUUCCACGGCUGCCACCGGCCCUGCUGCGAGGUCUGCUUCCAGAGCCCGCGCGGCUCCUUGGGCAGCAGCAGCACGGACACGGACACAGAGCCCAGCAGCUGCACAGGCCACUGGACACAGCACCAGAGCGGGCCCCAGCCUGUGGUGAACUUCAAAGAGGACCUGAAACCCACCUUUGUGUGAUGGGGAGCAGCCCUGCUCGCAGGCAAGUGCCCUCCUUCCCCUGGAACACCACUUGUCUUCAAAGCCACGUGUGCCUCUGAAGGAUGCGUUUUGUGCUGGCAUCUGGGGUUGGGAAUAAACCUUGCCCUGCUCAGAUUGCAGCGUCAGCCUCAGCCUGGUCAGUGGUGACUGCAAACCGUGUUUGGCUGAGGGGUGGUUGGCACUGGUUUUGUCCUGGCUAUUCUGGGCAGCUUUCUGCACCCCACAGGUACCCAGCACCUUUGUUCAUCCUAGUGCUGGCAGUGGAAAGGAGGGCAGGGUGCCUGGAAGAGCCCAACCUUCAUCAUCUCAGAGGGCUU